AGAGAGAGAAAAAAAAAGAGACAGACAGACUAAACGUUCCCUCCUCCUCCUCCUCCCACCAAGCUGACGGACAGCAGAGGAGAGCAGCAGCAACACAACUUGUCAUCUGACCAACACACAGCUACUCCUUUGACCGCUGCUGCUUCUGGUUUGGUUUUUCUACACGAACUCUUUUCUUACGACGCAGUUUUUUUUUUUUUGCUUUAUCGUCGGAAGGAUUUUAGGGGAAAUCUGCUUUGGAGUCCAGAGCGACAUAAAAACAAGAAAAAACAAACUCUGGAUAUCACGUCGCAGUUGUGACAUUUUAUUUUUGCAUACACCCAGAGGUUGUUAUUGCUUUUUAAAGGCUGUAUUCCUGCUCAUCUGGUCUGACCUUCCUUCUCAUUUUAACACCUUAAUCCAUUCUACAGUUUUAAAAACAAUUAAAUACAAUGGAGUACUUUGAAGAGAAUUUUUAUACAAGAACAUAAGGAUCUCUCCAUAGCAACAACUACAAGCCCUCCACCAAUCUUGUCCUAUUGGAAGGCUCUCUGGUCAGUUUGCCUCAGUCCUUCAGGUGCAGCCCUCCCCCCCUUUCUCCCCUCCAGUCCAGGAUGUCCAGGCAACUCUCCCAGCUACCGACCCCUGACCUGCCAGCUGGAGCUAGCCCACAGUUUGGAAGUUGUACACAGCCAGCAGGCUCCCUUACAGGCGGCCAGGUCAACUCCAUGGCCGGUUUGAAAUCCCUCCUGCAGCAACCCAUGAAGGGAGACCACCGGCUGAAGAAUCCAUGUGAGGCAAAAGACAAAGACAGGCUGGAUCUUGAUGAGGACUCUUUGGGAGGGUGCGCCAUGAGGAAUGGCAAUGGACCAGUCAGCAAUAACAGCAGUAAUGGCUGUGGAGGUGGAGGAAAUGGCGGAACAGGCUUCAAUCAGUUCCUCGGACCUUUCCUCUGGGAUCGCACCCUGCCUGCGGAUGGGGGGCUCUUUCAGCUCCAAUACAUGGACUUGGAGGAGUUUCUGACUGAAAACGGUAUGGGCAGCAUGCACAACAACAACAGCUCCAGUUCAGCUCAGAUCCCUUCCCAGAGCUCCCAGUCAGCUGUGCCCAACCAGAGCUCCCAGUGCCUACCGCCCUCGUCUCCACCCGGAUCUUCGUCCUCCUCACCAUCGUCCUCUUCUUCGCCGUCUCUCAUCGGCCUGGAGGUGGCCCAGCCGCAGAGUCUAGGAGGAGGAAGCGACUGUCUUCAUGGUGGUCAGACGAGUAUGAACGACUCCUGUGAAUCGCCAUCUUCUUCCUGUUCCUCCUCCUGUCCCCCUCUACUGACGCCUACGGAAAGCGGACCAGAUGCCGUUGGAAUGUUUGAUAUGGAUAACUCGGACAUGGCCAUGUCCAGCACCUCUGGAGAGCAGGACUUUGACCCCAGAAGGCACUCCUUUAGUGAGGAAGAGCUGAAACCACAGCCUAUGAUCAAAAAAGCACGAAAGAUCUUGGUGCCUGAUAACAUGAAGGAUGAGAAAUACUGGACCAGGAGGUACAAAAACAAUGAGGCAGCAAAGCGUUCGCGGGACGCCCGUCGUCUGAAAGAGAACCAGAUCUCAGUGCGCGCUGCCUACCUGGAGCGAGAGAACGCCGCCCUCCGACAGGAAGUGGCUGAGAUUCGGAAAGAACUGGGCCGGUGCCGCAACAUCCUUAGUAAAUACGAGAACCGUCUGGGUGACCAGUGAUGGAGGAAAAAUCCACAAGAGGAGCUAGAUUAAGCUUAAGACUCUGAAUUUCCUGGAUGUUUUAAACGGACCUAAUGAUUUCAAAAUCAUAAUGAUGAGAAGGACAUUGACGAAUAAAAUGAUGAAUGUAAAAGUCAUGGAAAAGGGUUGUUUAUUGAAGCUCAGGUGUCUCGUUUUGUUGAGCUCUUAAAAGUGAUUGAUGGAGAGAGAGAGAGUAAUUUAACUGAAUAUAAAAGAUGUGACUUAAGAGUUUUGUUAUUGGAGAAUUGUAUAUUUUUAUAAUACUUAGGAAAAAUGUGGAGGGAGGGCAUAUGCAGAGAAUAAUUUUGUAUAUUUUCUACAUGUUUUGGACACAGAGAUGCAGAGAAGCCAUGGUGAACAUCAUUUUAUUUUAGAUGAGUCAGGAGAUGUCAACCUUCAUGAUGCUUUAGUCACGAUGCAGCUGCAGGGUUCAGGAUGUAUGUAAUAAUUUGUAAUAUAGAGAGCCAAAAUUAUCGUAUUGUUAGACAUUUUGUGGAAUUUAUCUCGAGCACUUCCUUUAUUUUAUUUUUUUCCCCCCUGUCACGUAAAGGUCACUGGGCACGCUCAGUAGAGACAGAAUGACAGACACAAGGUGUAUUCAGCACUUGUCUUGACCAGGUCUUGUGGUUUUGUUUUACUUUUUAUGUUUUUAACAGAUGAUUUCAAUCUGUCGAUUGGUGCAUAUUUCUGAAAUCCCUGUUAUAUUCAGAUCCUUUUUUAUUUUUGUGUCUCUCUCCAAGAGGCUUGCUUUGUGAUGUUAGCCAGCACCGAGUAGCCCUGCUCCUCUGCAUCCUAUUUGAAUUCAUAUAUCCAUGCCUCUACUUCUUGCACCCAUGGUCAACUUCCCCAUAUAGUAAAGUAACAUACUGGGAAACACCAGUUAGCGGCAUGGUGAUACUAAACCCCCCCUUUAUUGGUUGGAAUAUUGAAAAAUUUCCCAUAUUUAUGGGAGAAUUUAAAGCAAAGAUUUCCCAGGUGGAUGCAGAGCUUGUUGCUAUUUAGUGCUCCCCACCCCCCAUAGCUACCCAUCUGCAUUUUACUGUAUUAACACCUACACAGGGGCAUGGUACUCAGCGUUAUUAUGUUCCUGGGGGAUGGAUGACUAGCUGAAGUGUGAUUUUAAUCCCUUUAAUAACCAUGAUGGAUAGUUACCAUUACAGCUAUUGUUAUUGUUAUUAUUAUGAUGACUACCCUCAUAUUGUUAUUAUUCUAUAUUUCUGAAUGUUUUUCUUUCUUUGGAGAGAUAUGAUCUGUUGAAACUAGAGAUAUGUUCUUGGGUGUUCUUCAGAAAUGCUCACCACUUCUUUUCUGGACUUCACCGCCAUCAUCUCCCCACAAACUCAGCUCAUUGACUUGAACGUGACGUUCACGCAGACUUAUUUUAGACUUAUUUCUUCUGUUCUCAUGAUGUGUAAGGACUAUGCAGAUGACUACAAUGCUCCUUGGCGGUUCCUUUCGACCUCGAUCAUCUCACUCAGUGAUUGUUUGCUCUCCAACAGGAUCCAGUUUCUAAUAUCCUCACAGAUGUGAUCGGUGAACCUUGUAGUGACUGCUGCAUAAAUAGUGUUCAUGGUGCCCCCAUCCCCUGCCAGUUUGAGCUGGCUGUUUCUGGAUGUAAUUGCAAUUUUUCCCAAACAAAACAAAACAAAACAAGCAAACAACAACAAAAAACACCAAUAAAAGAUUGUUCU